AUGAAGCCACGACCAACUGCAGCACCUCCUUCAGCAAGAAUACCAAUAGAUUGGCGCAGGGAUGAGCUCAGGAAGCCCAGACACACCCCCAAACCCAGUGAUCUGUGGAGCAUUCCAUUCAGCUACACAUUCGGAACAUUGAAAAGUACUGAAGGACAGGUGGUGAGAGAAUUCUGGUUGAAAAACAGAAGCGUUUCGUUCGUAGAUGUCGAGUUGUCGUCCAGCCAGCCGCUUUUAGCCAACUCGCGGUGGAAAUAUCCCUAUCGGGUCAACUACGAUAUUACGAACUGGAAGAUGAUCGCUAGAUUGCUUCAUCAGAAUCACAGGGAAAUUCCGGAUAGAUCUCGCGUACAGAUCCUGGUUGAUGCCGAAACGUUUCUCGCUCAUUCUGAUACGCCACAGUUAUUCGUCUAUAUGCUUGGAUAUCUGGUUGAAGAGCAAGAUCUGGGAGUGUCCCUGAUAGGCAUGAAUGCUAUCUAUCGCCUUUUCGACUCAUUCCGCGGCAUCGAUCUUCCGGAACUUCAGUUGUAUUUGGCUCCAGUGAUUCGCACAGCUCGACAAACUUCUUGA